AUGCAGCUGGCAAGUGGGCAUGCUUGCAAUCGUGCAUGUGCGGUUGCUGCAGCCAUAUUGGACGUUUCUCUUUUAUUGUGCCACAAGCGCCUUUCACAUUACAGCGAUAUGCCCAUGUGCACCAUGACCAAGCUGCUGUUCGCCGGCCUCAUGGGCCGUGUUCUCGGCAACGACCUGGGCAACCUUGACGAACUUUUGACCGCCGACGAGUGCGUCGGUGACAGCUGCGACCUCUCGUUGCGGCAGUUGCGUGGAAACAAGACUGCGCAAGCCAAAACGCAGGCGGAAUGGGGAAGCUGUAUGUCAGCAGGCUGCCCGCGCGAUUAUAAACCGGGCAUGCACUGCCAAUGCAAUUCGCGAUGUCAUGACUAUGGCAAUUGCUGCCGUGAUGUGGCCAGCUGCUCAGCAGAUUCUAAACCGCAACCCACGGCACCCACGGCACCCACUACCGUCACUGCCAAGAGCCAUGGCAUCGCGGGACAUCCAGACCCAUCCAAAACGUAUCCAAGCUAUCCUGGUUUCACCUUGGCUGUGGUGGAGGAGUUCAACGCUCCUAUCGACCUUGAUACGGACCCCAUUUGGACCUGGUCGGAUGGCGGGCUCUAUGAAGGCGAUGUACGUUUUGUGAAGCAACAGAUCAGUUUCUCUGGUGGAAAGAUGAAAAUCACCGCCAAGCCCAACCCCGGCAUCCCCACGCAGUCGUGCUCUCGCGCGGAAGUCUUCAAGGUGGACAACAAACCGCUGGUGAGCGGGGAGUUCCGAUCUCGCAGGAACAUGUUCCGGUACGGGCGUUAUGAGGUGCGCAUGAAGGCCCCGGAGGUGCAGCCAGGGAAUCCUGACAUCAACGGGAACUUCGUGGCAACCAUGUUCGUGUUCCGUGACGCCAAGUUCCGGCACUGGCGGGAGAUCGACAUCGAGGUCACCGGGGACUCCCCGACCUCGGUGACGACCAACGUCUUGCGGGCGGACAACACGGAGUGGUGGAGCCCCCGCAUCGCCGCGUCCAGGGAGAGCACUUUGAAGGAGGGCAACGCCCGCGCGGAGUUCCACACCUAUGGAUUCGAGUGGCUGCCCAACAAGGUGACCUGGUUCAUUGAUGGCAAGGUGGUGCGCGAGCACCAUGGAGGUCAGCCACCGAUCCCCGACAAGUCUGCCAAGGUCAUGAUGAACCUGUGGAUCUUCGGCCCCCCCGCGAACUUCGGUGGGAAGCAGAUCCACAACAACCGGUACCCCAUGACCAGCGAGUACGACUGGUUCAGGUUCUACAAGUGGGACGGCGAGACUACGUAUCCUUGCCCUGGCUCCACCAGCUGCUUGACAGACGAUGACAAGUACAUGGAUGGCAACAACCCAUGUGAUGGACAACCCAACUAUGGCAGCUGGAAGGGAAAGCAACCCUGCGCCGCCUCCUGUCGCUAA